AGUUGUUUUCCACUCCGGAACUCGGAACUGGAACCCAACGGGUACUAAUAGCCCGCCCCGCUUGCUACUCAAAAUUCACAAAUUGAAUCCAACCGAAAGCCAAAGUGUUUGUUUCACUGGCGACUCAGUUGCUUGGUGGUUCCUAUCAUUCAAAAAUAUAUUUCUCUUUUCCAUUUCAAUUCAAAAAGCCUUACAAUAUCACUUCUUACAAUUUUGCCUUUUCUCCAUUUCCUUUCUGGGUCUGUCUCCGUCAUGGUUUAUUUGUUCUGGGUUUCUUUCAGUAUCUGAGGAAGCAACACAAAAUGGCGGGAAAGGAGCUUGAACUACAACUGAUGGAUGGUGGGAAUAAACUCCUUAACCCACCAUUUUCCAUUGAUGAGCUUCUGUCUAUUCUUGAAAGAGUUGAGGUUUCUCUCUCAAAGGUGGAUCAAUCACCUCGUCAGUCAAUGGUUGCUGCACUUUCACCUUUGAGGAAUGCGUUGGUUUCUGAUAAACUUUUGAGGCAUUCAGAUACAGAUGUGAAAGUUUCUGUUGCUGUUUGCAUUAGUGAGAUUAUACGAAUAACAGCUCCGGAUGCUCCUUAUGAUGAUGAAAAAAUGAAGGAAAUAUUUCAUCUGAUUGUAGCUGUGUUUCAUAAACUUUCUCAUACGUCCAGCUGCUGUUACUCAAAGGUGGUGUUAGUCCUUGUUACCAUGGCAAAAACAAGGGCAAUUUUGGUGAUGAUGGACCUUGAGUGUCAUGCUUUGAUUAUUGAGAUGUUUCAACUUUUUCUGAGAAUUACUAGGUCAAACAACUCAGAAGUUGUAUUAGAUGCCAUGGUGACAACAAUGACCAUUGCCAUCUUGGAAAGUGAUGAUAUUUCUUUGGAGAUUCUUGUUCCCCUUUUAGCCAGUGUGAGAAAGGAAAAUCAGAAUGUUUUCCCAAAGUCCUGGAAGUUAGGAAAGGAAGUAAUAAAAAAUUGUGCUGCAAGGAUUGAACCUUAUAUUUUGAAAGCAGUGAGCAGCUUAGGAGUUCCUGUGGACAGUUAUGAUCAAAUAGUUGGUUCUAUUUGCCAAAAUGCAACUGAUUGUAUCAAGUCUUUUGAUGUCCCUGGUUCUGAGGAACAUUUGAUUAAUGAUGAAAGACCAGCUAUCCAAUGUAUGGGUGGGAAGAGGCUUAGGUGCAAAACUACAUCUGAAAAUCCUGGAACUGAAGAAACUACUGACAAGGGACAAUCAGUAGACUUUCUGAGUGCGGGUUCUUCACUUAAACUGUAUAUUCAGCAACAAGACCAAUCUGUGAACCCAUGGAGUUGUCAAAAAGAAAAGCAGCAGAAUCAAGGGAUGCAGAUCCCAUCCUCUGAAGACACAUUUCCAGCUAAUAAUGGAGGAAGCAAUGUAUGCAGUGGAACAACGAUUGUGCAAGGCUAUGAAGUCAAGGCUAGUGUUGCACCUGUACUUACAGCUAUAUUUGCCAAGUAUGGUGAUAUUGCGGCUAACUGCCAGUACAAGUCACCAUCAGUAAGGGCUUGUUUGCUUGAAAUUGUCUCUGAUGUUGUUCGCCGACUACAAAGCACUGACAUUCCUCUCACUGUCUCUGAGAUUAAAGUCCUCCAAAAUGAAAUGAAAGAUUUGGAGGCUACAAAGCUAAAGCUUUCAUGGCUUACCCAGCCAUUAGAAAAAAUUUCUGAAGUAGAAAGGAUUGCUGGGAUGCGUUCUAUGCUCAAGUCUGUAAAAGCAAGUAGCAUGUUGGUCAUAAAAGCAGCAACCAAGGAGCUGGAAGAUGCACUCAUGGAGCUAGUGGCACUGCAAAAACGCAUGGGGGAGGCUGAAAAGCGUAUAAAUGCAAUGAAGCUUGUGGUGCAAAAGGUUGAUAAUGCCAUUAAAGAGGCUGAGGAUCAGGAGCGUCACUGGCUAAGGAAUAUGAAUGAGCUUCCAUAGUGCUUUCUGCAGAAACAAAUUAACAAAGUACUUGCUAUGAAAUAUCUUUUUGAGAACAUUGAGGCCCAAUGUUCAUCAACUGCAUUCUGGUAACCAACACAAUCGAACUGCAGUCUAGGCUUGUAAGUGUUGGUGUUGGUUGUUCCUGUGUGCUCCUUUUGUUCCUGCCAGUUUUUAAAAAAUCAAUUUUCCUGUGUUGAGGCUUCCUUGUCGACUCCACAAAAGAUCGUUGUUCUGUGAUUGAUGGCUUGAGAUUCAUGAGAACGGUCUGGUAUUAUUGUCUCCAAUUAGAACUCAAACUCAAAAUUUCAUAAUUUUAAAGGCGACUCUAAUACUAUUGAAUUAAAAGUCAUUUGUAGAAUGUUUCCUUUAUUUAAUUUAUAGUAAUCCCUAAUAGAUCAUUUAUUGCAAA